AUGGACACAGUUUCCAUCAUCGAUGGGGCGUUAAAGGACAGACAACCUGCUGGGAGGCACACACCAAAGGAGCAAUGCAUCAUGGGAGCUGUGCUAAAACAGCUCCAUAGCACCACCUACAGGACAGUUAUGCUCCAGGAUCCUCCACAAACAACCAGCUCCAGGAUCCUCCAGCAACCACCAGCUCCAGAAUCCUCCACCAACCACCAGCUCCAGGAUCCUCCAGCAACCACCAGCUCCAGGAUCCUCCAGCGACCACCAGCUCCAGAAUCCUCCAGCGACCACCAGCUCCAGGAUCCUCCAGCAACCACCAGCUCCAGGAUCCUCCACAAACAACCAGGUCUAGGAUCCUCCAGCAACCACCAGCUCCAGGAUCCUCCAGCAACCACUAGCUCCACGAUCAUCCACCAACCACCAGCUCCAGAAUCCUCCACCAACCACCAGCUCCAGGAUCCUCCACAAACAACCAGCUCCAGGAUCCUCCAGCAACCACCAGCUCCAGUAUCCUCCAGCAACCACCAGCUCCAGGAUCAUCCAACAACCACCAGCUUCAGGAUCCUCCAGCAACCACCAGCUCCAGAAUCCUCCACCAACCACCAGCUCCAGGAUCCUCCACAAACAACCAGCUCCAGGAUCCUCCAGCAACCACCAGCUCCAGUAUCCUCCAGCAACCACCAGCUCCAGGAUCAUCCAACAACCACCAGCUUCAGGAUCCUCCAGCAACCACCAGCUCUAGGAUCCUCCAGCAACCACCAGCUCCAGGACCCUCCAGCGACCACCAGCUCCAGAAUCCUCCAGCGACCACCAGCUCCAGGAUCCUCCAGCAACCACCAGCUCCAGGAUCCUCCAGCAACCACCAGCUCCAAAAUCCUCCACCAACCACCAGCUCCAGGAUCCUCCAGCAACCACCAGCUCCAAAAUCCUCCACCAACCACCAGCUCCAGGAUCCUCCAGCAACCACCAGCUCCAAAAUCCUCCAUCAACCACCAGCUCCAGGAUCCUCCAGCAACCACCAGGUCUAGGAUCCUCCACAAACCACCAGCUCCAGAAUCCUCCAGUAACCACCAGCUCCAGGAUCGGACAGCAACCACCAGGUCUAGGAUCCUCCAUAAACCACCAGCUCCAGGAUCCUCCAGCAACCACCAGCUCCAGGACCCUCCAGCGACCACCAGCUCCAGAAUCCUCCAGCGACCACCAGCUCCAGGAUCCUCCAGCAACCACCAGCUCCAGGAUCCUCCAGCAACCACCAGCUCCAAAAUCCUCCACCAACCACCAGCUCCAGGAUCCUCCAGCAACCACCAGCUCCAAAAUCCUCCAUCAACCACCAGCUCCAGGAUCCUCCAGCAACCACCAGGUCUAGGAUCCUCCACAAACCACCAGCUCCAGAAUCCUCCAGUAACCACCAGCUCCAGGAUCGGACAGCAACCACCAGGUCUAGGAUCCUCCAUAAACCACCAGCUCCAGGAUCCUCCAGCAACCACCAGCUCCAGGAUCCUCCAGCGACCACCAGCUCCAAAGUCCUCCACCAACCACCAGCUCCAGAAUCCUCCAGCAACCACCAGCUCCAGGAUCCUCCACAAACCACCAGCUCCAGGAUCCUCCACAAACCACCAGCUCCAGGAUCCUCCAGCAACCACCAGCUCCAUGAUCCUCCAGCAACCACCAGCUCCAAAAUCCUCCACCAACCACCAGCUCCAGGAUCCUCCAGCAACCACCAGGUUCAGGAUCCUCCAGCAACCACCAAGUCCAGCAACCACCAGGUCCAGCGACCACCAGCUCCAGUAUCUUCCAGCAACCACCAGGUCCAGGACUUGGACAGUGGUGCGUUUUGGUACCUACAUCCAGCGGCACGUGCGGGUUCCUAUAGCUGGAGGCGCCUUCGCAGCGCCGAGCCGCAGCCUGAAUGGAGGAGAAACCGGAAACCGAAUGUUCUCCAGACCCCCACGUCACCGAGGACCGAGGCCAAUCAGAGCACAGCUGUCUGUCAUCCAGGUGGAUCUUCACCUGCGCGCACUGCUGCAAAACGCUCAGGUCACGUGA